AUGGAAGAAGAAGGUGUUAUUGCUCUGAAGCCCAAGGUCUCCGUGGUCGAUAAGGCUGUUGUUGCACAAAAAGGUUCCACAGAAACCUUGAUAUGCUCUGCCACGAGGGUUAGAAAACUUACAACCUCAAGCUCUUGGGAAUUCAACGGACAAGAAAUAAAGAAAAGAAACAACAAAAUUAUAAUACCAAAGCCACACUAUCAGACAAAUAAAAAAAAAGGAAACUUUACUUUAACCAUCAAGAAUGUUUCGGAAACAGAUGUUGGUACAUACACCUGCAAAGUCUCCAAAAUAAACCUUGACGAGAUGCUUGAGGCAAAGGAGAAUAUAGAGCUGUCAAUUCAGGAAGAAAUACUCAACGUCACUUCCACGCAGACAAACAUCGCCCUCGACGAAGGAAGCACAAUAACUCUCACUUGCAGUGUCAUCUUUUCAGAGGCUUUCGCUGUGGUCGUGUACUGGCUUUUGAACGGAAAAAUAGCAUCUAAACCUGAAGUAUUGCACCAAGAAUUGAAUGGCAUGUCCAUGGCAAACAAAGUUAAACGACUCAGCAUAACGCUGGAACUGAAACAUGUGACCCUCGCCCAAAGUGGAAUCUACACAUGUGGUGCAAACUCCACCAUUGAUUUAAAAACACACGACAUAGCUGUGAACAUACGUGACACACAAGGUCCAGAUUUAAACGCGCGCGCUUAUGACUGA